ACAGUGACGUCUUAUCAAUCUACCCCUCAUCACCUGACUUGCACUACAACUUCAUCUCCUCUUUUCUUUUCUUUUCUUGUCUUUUCUUUUACUUUUCUCUUCUCUUCUCUUCCUCAUUUUCAAAGAUAGUCGUAAUACUGCUAACCGGACAUGACUCCGGACCAAAACCCCCCCGUCCAAGUCCGCACGGACGAGGUGCCGACUGACAUUACCAAGCCGAAAUGGUAUCCUCGCGCAUUGAUCCGGCAGGCUGAGCGCUCGCAUCGUCGAUUGCCGGGGAUCAGGAAGGUUCCUCUUCGGGCUAUUGCUGCGAUUUUGUUUAUUGCGUUUUUGAACGUUUUGGUUUGGAUUGCUGCGGCUAUUGUGUUGCAUUAUUAUCCGUCUCUCGUGUCGAAUGCUGUGCUCUCGUAUACGCUGGGUUUGAGACAUGCGUUUGAUGCGGACCAUAUUUCCGCCAUUGAUUUGAUGACCCGGAGACUGCUUGCGAGUGGCCAGAAACCCGUGACCGUGGGCACCUUUUUCUCUUUGGGACAUUCGACAAUUGUGAUCAUCACCUCCAUUGUCGUGGCUGCCACUGCUGCUGCAGUUUCCUCUCGCUUCGACAGCUUCAGCACUGUUGGUGGAAUUAUUGGCACCUCUGUCAGUGCGGCGUUUUUGAUCCUCUUGGGUCUCAUGAACGCGUACAUUCUGUACAAGCUGUACAGACAGAUGCAAAAGGUCCUGAACCUUCCCGUCGGUCAAGAGGACGAGGCGUGGAAGGUGGAGGGUGGAGGAAUUAUGUUCAGUGUUCUCCGGAAGAUGUUCAAGCUUAUUGACCGACCAUGGAAAAUGUACCCCCUGGGAAUCCUCUUCGGUCUUGGUUUCGACACAUCCUCCGAGAUUGCCCUCCUCGGUAUCUCUUCCAUUGAAGCCGCACGCGGAACCAACAUCUGGGUCAUCCUCAUCUUCCCCAUCCUGUUCACCGCCGGAAUGUGCCUUCUCGACACCACCGACGGCGCCCUAAUGCUCUCCCUCUACAUCCAACCCGCCGCCAACUUCCUCCCACCAAAACAAGACGGCACCAUCGCCUCCGACGACCUCCUCACCGACCAAGAACAGCAACAACCAACCGAAGACAUCCACACAUCCCAAAACCACCGCGACCCAGUCGCCUUCCUCUACUACUCCAUCGUACUAACCACGCUCACCGUCAUCGUGGCAAUCGUGAUCGGCAUCAUCCAACUCCUCACCCUGGUGUUGAACGUCGCCGAACCAACGGGUAGAUUCUGGGACGGGGUGCAGACCGCGGGUGACUACUACGAUGCUAUUGGCGGUGGUAUCUGUGGGUGUUUCUUGGUUAUUGGUCUGCUUAGUGUCUUUGUUUAUAAGCCGUGGAGGAGAUGGAUUGCGCGCCGGAAUGGACGGCCGGUUGUUGAGCCUGCUAAUGAGGGGGACGCCCCCCUCACUCAAACACCAACCUUCACCUCCAGCCCCCCAAUCUUCGUCCUACCCACCCAUCUCACUCUCGACGAAUUACACAGGGUAGAAGAUAUCCUGGGCAAUCGCGGCGCGAGACUUACGUAUGAUGUCUCUGAAGCUAGGUUGGUGAUAGGCAAGAUAGGGCAGAAGAAGAGGGCGGCGUUGGAGUUGAGGGCUAGGGGGGUUUGGACGGAGGAGGUUUCUGUAUCGGGGGAGAUGGAUGGGGAGCCGCCGGUUAAGAGGAGGCGUGUUAGUAUUCGUGGUGAGGAUGGAAAGCGUAUUGGGCAGUUGCAAGAUGGAGAUGUUAGUACUGAGAGUGAGGGCGAGGAGGAUGGGGUGGAGAGUCGGCAUAAUCCUGGGAAGCAUUUACGGAAGAUGUCCGUAUCUGUUGCUUCGACUUCAACGGCUGGUUCAGAACAGGAGAAAGAUGUUAUCAAAGUCGUCAAGCUACAAUGGCUUGAAAAGUCAAUACAAGCACAAGAACUCCUCCCCAUUGACCCAUACAUCGUGUACCAAGCUCGCAUAAUCCAACCCCCCGCAACUUCGAAACCAACCACAGCAUCCGACAUAAUGCAACGAGCCCAACAGGAUGCCCUAUUCAAACCCCCGGCAGCACCAGCCUCACACUCCCACACCCGCCGCCAAAAAGAUGCCCCGGACAACGUCCCCGGCCAAAUCCACCCCAUUCCAAAACUCUACCGCCAAACAACCUCCGAACAUGACGAAAUCAUUCCCCUUCCCCCAGUCCCAGACUGGGUCAAGAACCGCAUCAUGUACGCCUGCAUGCGCUCCGCACCCCUCCACCCCCCAAACGAACGCUUCAUCGACCAACUGAUCAAAAUCCGCAAAACCCGCGACCUAACCCUUGACGAAAUCGGCGUCCGCGCAUACAGCACCUCCAUCGCAGCAAUCGCCGCAUACCCCUACCACUUCAGCCGCCCCUCGCAAAUCCUCCUCCUCCCAGGCUGCGACGCUAAAAUCGCAAACCUCUUCGCUGAAUUCCAAGCCAGUGACACCGGAAUCUGCCAAUCCGCAGACUUCCUAGACACAGACCCAGAUCUCAUGAUCCUAUCCCUAUUCAACAAUAUCUGGGGCGUAGGCGCCAAAACUGCACGAGACUUCUACUACACCCGCCAAUGGCGCGAUCUCGACGAUAUAGUCGAAUACGGUUGGUCCGCUCUCUCACGCGUACAACAAAUAGGCGUAAAAUACUACGACGAGUUCCUAGAAGGCGUACCCCGGUCUGAAACAGAGUCUAUCGCAUCCACAAUUCAGCGCCACGCAAACCUCGUUCGCCCAGACGCAGACUACGACGGCCACGGCGUGGAAUGUAUUAUCGUGGGCGGGUAUCGGCGCGGAAAAGCAGUCAGCGGGGAUGUAGAUGUUGUACUCAGCCAUCGCGAUGAAGCAGUAACUAAGAACCUUGUCGUUGAUCUGGUGAGUAGUCUCGAGAACGAGGGAUGGAUUACACAUACCCUGGCACUGCACAUGACGACCUCAAACCGCGACCAACAAACCCUCCCCUACCGCGGCGGCGAUAACUUCCCAGGUCGCCAUUUCGAUACCCUCGAUAAAGCACUCGUCGUGUGGCAGAAUCCUCACUUCUCUGACCCUGACCCUCAGUCAGAUACCGGUGGUCGAAAGAAACGAAACCCCAACAUUCACCGCCGCGUUGACAUCAUCAUCUCCCCCUGGCGCACCGUUGGAUGCGCGGUACUCGGCUGGUCCGGGGAUACGACCUUCGAGCGGGAUCUACGGCGAUAUGCGAAGAAGGCGCAUGGGUGGAAGUUUGAUUCGAGUGGUGUGAGGGUGCGGACGAGUGGGGGGCAUGUGUUGGAUUUGGAGAGGGGUGGGAAGACUUGGGAGGAGAGGGAGAGGAUGGUUAUGGAGGGGUUGGGGGUUGGGUUUAGGAGGGCUGAGGAGCGGUGUUCGAGGUGAUGAUUUACUUUGAUUUAGUUGCGUAGGUGUUAGGUAUAUUUUGGGUACUCCGUACAGAGUAGUUAGGGUUAUAUAUAUGCUGAAUCUACAUUGGACAAGUCAUAGUCAGGAUUGAUAUUGGUCAU